AUGAGUAAUCAAACAUUUGGAGUAACACCACCUAUUUCAGUAGCAAAUCCUACAGCUAAAGAAAAUGAACUUAAUGAUUUAUUAAUUAAAGAAUUGAAGCAGAGAGGCUCCUUUGAAAGUGAGACAGCCACUAAGAAAAGGGUUGAAGUGUUGAAUAUCUUGCAAAAGAUGACAGAGGACUUUGUAUUUAAAGUAUCCAUUAAAAAGAACAUGUCAGAAGGGAUGGCCAAGGAUGCAGGAGGAAAAAUUUUUACUUUUGGUUCUUAUAGAUUGGGCGUUUAUGGACCGGGUUCGGAUAUCGAUACAUUGAUAGUUGUUCCCAAGCACGUAACAAGAAAUGACUUUUUUGAAACAUUUUAUGAACUACUUAAAACCAGAGAUGAGUUGGAAGAAAUUGCACCUGUUCCAGAUGCCUUUGUUCCUAUUAUUAAAAUAGAAUUUGCUGGAAUUUCGAUUGAUUUGAUCUUUGCAAGACUAGAUAUUCCUCGUGUAUCUCGAGAUUUAACAUUGGAUGAUAAGAACUUAUUAAAGAACAUAGAUGAGAAAGAUUUGAGAGCAUUAAAUGGAACCCGUGUUACUGAUGAAAUUUUGACAUUGGUGCCAAAACAAACUGUUUUUAAGCAUGCUUUGAGAUGUAUUAAAAUGUGGGCCCAGCAGAGAGCAAUAUAUGCUAACGUAUUUGGCUUUCCAGGUGGUGUUGCAUGGGCAAUGUUGGUUGCUAGAAUAUGCCAAUUAUAUCCAAAUGCGGUAAGUGCUGUGAUUAUUGAAAAAUUUUUUCAUAUUUACUCCCAGUGGGCAUGGCCACAACCAGUGUUAUUGAAGCAAAUCGAAGACGGGCCAUUACAGGUUAGAGUAUGGAACCCAAAAUUAUAUGCUCCUGAUCGUCAACAUAGAAUGCCAGUUAUAACUCCUGCUUACCCUUCGAUGUGUGCUACCCAUAAUAUAACCAGCUCCACCCAAAAGGUAAUUCUAAGUGAGUUUCAGCGAGGAAUUGAAAUUAUGAAUGGAAUUAAUUCGGGAUCAAAAACAUGGUCAGAUUUAUUUGAAAGACAUGACUUUUUUUUCAGGUAUAAAUUUUAUUUAUGUAUAGUGGCUGCAACUAAGUCGAAUUCCGAAGAACAUUUGAAGUAUGGUGGUAUGGUGGAAAGUAAAUUGAGAUUAUUAGUCCAGAAAUUAGAGUUAGUCGAAGGCAUUGAAUUGGCACACCCUUAUGUGAAAACAUUUGAAGAUGGUUUUUUGUGCAAAGAUUCAGAAGAAGUUUCUGCAGUUGUUAACUCGUAUGGCACUUUGGAAGGUGAACUGCUCACUAAAUCUAUUCCAAGGGCUGAUAGCAUUAAAAAGGACGAAGAGAAACAAGAAAGCAAAGUCGAGGUACACUUGACCAAAUUAUUUAUUGGGUUAAAGAUUGAUUUACAGAAAGAUACUGGAAAAAAAUUAGAUAUUCAGUAUCCAUGUACCGAGUUUUUUAAUAUCUGUAAAGGAUGGCAAGAUUAUGAUUCGGAAAAGCAUUUUAUUCAAAUCAAAAAAGUCAAGUUGCAUGAUUUGCUGAACGAUGUGUAUAUUGAAGGUGAAAUUAGACCUACGAAAGUUGCUAAGAGAAAAAGAUCAGCUUCUAAGAACGAUGGCAAGAAGAAACCGAAGAGUAUCGGAACUACCGUUACUGCAUUGUCAUGA